UUUUGGCACAGUGCCUGCGAGGGGUUCUCUUGCUUUGAAUUUCAGGUGACCUACAGGUUAUCUGAAUUCACACUCUUUCAUCCUUUAAAGAAGGGAGUCAUUUUUUUCUAAGCAGUCAAGAUGGUGAAGUUUACGGCUGAAGAGCUACGCAGGAUUAUGGACCUGAAGCACAACAUUCGUAAUAUGUCUGUCAUUGCUCAUGUUGAUCAUGGGAAAUCCACUCUCACAGACUCUCUGGUGGCAGCUGCUGGAAUCAUUGCCCAAGAAGUUGCUGGAGAUGUUAGAAUGACAGACACCCGGCAGGACGAAGCAGAGCGUGGCAUUACUAUCAAAUCCACAGGAAUUUCCUUGUAUUAUGAGAUGACUGAUGAUUCAUUAAAGAACUUUAAGGGUGAGAGAAUGGGAAAUGAGUAUCUGAUCAACCUCAUUGAUUCUCCUGGACAUGUUGACUUCUCUUCUGAGGUCACAGCUGCUCUACGCAUUACUGAUGGUGCACUGGUGGUUGUUGAUUGUGUGGAGGGUGUCUGUGUCCAGACUGAAACAGUUCUCCGCCAGGCUUUGGGAGAGAGGAUCAGGCCUGUAUUGACUGUGAACAAGAUGGACCGUUGUUUCCUUGAGCUUCAGGUUGGUGGUGAAGAAGCGUAUCAGACAUUUCAGCGUGUCAUUGAAAAUGCAAAUGUUAUCAUGGCAACAUAUGAGGAUCCACUUCUUGGUGAUGUCCAGGUUUAUCCAGAGAAAGGUACGGUUGCUUUCUCAGCAGGACUGCAUGGCUGGGCCUUUACAUUGACCAAUUUUGCCAAGAUGUAUGCUUCUAAAUUCGGUGUGGAUGAGCAUAAGAUGAUGGAGAGGUUAUGGGGUGAAAAUUACUUUGACCCAUCUACCAAGAAAUGGACUACCAAAAGCACAGGUUGUCCUACUUGCAAACGUGGCUUUGUGCAAUUCUGUUAUGAACCUAUCAAACAGAUAAUAAAUACUUGCAUGAAUGAUCAAAAGGAUAAGUUGUGGCCGAUGCUGCAAAAACUUGGUGUCACAAUGAAAUCUGAUGAGAAAGAACUGACAGGGAAGGUUCUGAUGAAAAGAGUGAUGCAAACUUGGUUGCCUGCCAGCACUGCUCUUCUUGAAAUGAUGAUAUUCCAUCUCCCAUCUCCUGCCAAAGCUCAGAAAUAUCGUGUGGAGAAUUUAUAUGAGGGACCUCUUGAUGACAUAUACGCUAAUGCUAUCCGAAACUGUGAUCCUGAAGGUCCUCUCAUGCUGUAUGUCUCUAAGAUGAUUCCGGCAUCCGAUAAAGGAAGGUUCUUCGCAUUUGGCCGUGUUUUCUCAGGUAAGGUAUCUACUGGUUUGAAGGUCAGGAUUAUGGGGCCCAACUUCAUUACCGGUCAAAAGAAGGAUUUGUACGUGAAGAGUGUCCAGCGUACUGUUAUCUGGAUGGGUAAGAGACAAGAAUCAGUUGAAGAUGUUCCUUGUGGGAAUACAGUCGCCUUGGUUGGUCUAGAUCAGUUUAUCACCAAGAAUGCCACUCUCACUAAUGAGAAGGAAGUUGAAGCCCAUCCAAUCAGAGCAAUGAAGUUUUCAGUCUCCCCUGUUGUCCGAGUUGCGGUUCAAUGCAAAGUUGCUUCUGAUCUUCCCAAGCUUGUUGAAGGCUUGAAGCGUUUAGCCAAAUCAGAUCCCAUGGUUGUGUGUACAAUCGAAGAGUCCGGUGAACACAUAAUUGCUGGAGCAGGUGAGCUUCACCUUGAAAUUUGCUUGAAAGAUUUGCAGGAAGAUUUCAUGGGAGGGGCAGAGAUUGCAGUCUCAGAUCCAGUUGUCUCUUUCCGUGAAACUGUGCUUGAGAAAUCUUGCCGCACUGUGAUGAGCAAGUCACCUAACAAACACAAUCGACUCUACAUGGAAGCAAGGCCCAUGGAGGAUGGCCUAGCCGAGGCCAUCGAUGAUGGCCGUAUCGGCCCAAGGGAUGAUCCAAAAGUUCGUUCUAAGAUUUUAGCUGAAGAAUUUGGAUGGGACAAGGAUCUGGCCAAGAAAAUUUGGUGUUUUGGUCCUGAGACUACUGGUCCUAACUUGGUUGUUGAUAUGUGCAAGGGAGUUCAGUACCUCAGUGAAAUUAAGGAUUCAGUUGUGGCCGGUUUCCAGUGGGCAUCAAAGGAAGGUGCAUUGGCAGAAGAAAACAUGAGAGCAAUAUGCUUUGAAAUAUGUGACGUGGUGCUGCAUGCUGAUGCUAUUCACAGGGGAGGUGGCCAGGUGAUUCCAACUGCAAGGCGUGCUAUAUAUGCAUCUCAAUUGACAGCCAAACCUAGACUUCUUGAACCGGUUUAUCUUGUAGAGAUCCAAGCCCCGGAACAGGCACUUGGAGGCAUCUAUGGUGUUCUUAACCAGAAGAGAGGUCAUGUCUUUGAGGAGAUGCAGAGGCCGGGCACUCCUCUUUACAACAUUAAGGCUUACCUACCAGUCAUUGAGUCAUUUGGUUUUUCAGGUACUCUCAGGGCUGCAACCUCUGGCCAGGCAUUUCCCCAGUGUGUGUUUGAUCACUGGGACAUGAUGUCUUCUGAUCCACUGGAACCGGGCUCACAAGCAGCCAAUUUGGUGAGUGUGAUUCGCAAGAGGAAGGCCCUUAAGGAGCAGAUGACUCCACUUUCUGAGUACGAAGACAAGCUUUAAGGCCACCUUUCGUUCUAUAACACUUUUGAUGAUCGAUGUUCAUCCUUACAACUUUUCAUCCCCACAACUUUUUCAUUCAACUUUUCAUCCUUAAGGAGUUGUAGGAAUUUCGUUUAUUUGAUGUUUUGCUAGAUAGACUACAUGUAGGCUCGUUUUUCUUUUUAUUAGUAUUUUUUUAAAAAAAAAUUUUAUAGUUCUUGAGGUUCGUCUUUUCAGUUUUAUUGACUUUAAAAAAUUUUAUAGGUAGUUUGCCUAUGAUUUUUGUGUUGCGUGUGCUCUUUCUUAUGUUUCUUAAUUAUCUACUGCUUGUGCAAUUGAUAAUUCUGUGA